AUGUCGCUGUUCGAUAAGAUCAAGCGCAGUCUCGAAGCUGCCAAAAAGCACCAGGCCCAGCAGGCAGAGAAGCAGAACAAGGAAUCAACCGCCCCGCCCUACAAACAUGUCCCGACACACGCCGCCUCUGAUGCCUUGCUCGGCGGCCCACCUACCUGGAGGGAAAUGGACAGGCCAAAGAUUGUCGAAGCCAACAAGCGCCGCAGCGUCCUCACCGCCAACGGCAUUGGCAUGAGCGGCAUCUAUACUCCCGUGCACGCCGGCAUGCCCCGAGUAUCAAGCAACCUCUCUCAUGUCAGCUAUCCUUCCGCCUACGCCAACCCUGUUGUCCACUUGCCACGCAACUACAGCUACAGCAGUAUCCCACCGGCAUGGUCGUACCAAAAUCGUGAGAUGCACUACGGACUUGCGGAGGGUGGGACCCUCAAGGGGAAGGAGAUCGGACGAAUUCGAUUUGACCAUGGAUACCCCUCAGCACGAGCCAGCCGGUCGUCUAGCAAGGUCUCGACCAAACGCAUCUAUCGCGAGUCUGGUCCUAGCCCCGAUUCCCCUUCAGAGAACGCCAACGAUUCGUCUAGCUCCCAGGAUGAUCUGGAGAUGAAGCCCGUUCGGCACCCGGCAUCCCAUUCCUCGUUGAAGACCGCGUCCAGUUCGAGGAGACCGGCCAGCGAUAUUGGGAGUCCACACCGCUUGCACCCAAGCCAUGCACGCAGGGUUUCGGAUUUGGACUACGGCCGGAGCGCCUAUGUCGUCCCUCGGACACCAUCUUUCGGGUCUGGCAUUCCUCCCGUCCCGUCCAUUCCUCCGUCGAUUGUUGGUGCCGCUGCUAGCAGCUCGCGGGCAUCCUCGGCUGGCUCUUCCUCAGGUUCAUCGGGGAAUGAGUCCAAUGCUUCGAGCACGACUGCCCCUAGUAGCACAUCGCCUAGUGAGGACGUGACUCCCGCGACAAGCGCGACAAUAUCAAAGGAUCAAGUCGCUCCAUCAAGUUCCUCCAAGGAUCCUCGGCCUGAGAGUUCUUCUGCCCAGACUACGACCGGCACACCUGCCCCAGCAACCGAAACUCAGGCUCCCGCUCCUACUACUACUGCCUUAACAGCACACGAAUCUUCAGCUCCCAAACCCACAAGCAGCAUAACUGCCCGCUCUUCUUCAUCCCCUCCUGAGAGGGCAAAAAAGGUCAAGCCCUCGGUACCAGUCGCCGUUGAGGAAGAAGAGAACGAGAUUGUCCCUCCGCCAUCACUAGAGCAAGCCAAGGCUCAACAACGACAGGCUGCAGCUGCUAUGGCUGCCGCGGUCAGUACAGCUGCAAUUGCUCCUGCACCUUCUGUUGUCGAGGAGGCUCCCAAGAAGGCAGAGAAGGUAACCGCAGCAGCGGCUAAGCCUAAGUCGGUCAAGUCAGGGAAGCUAACCAAGACGCUUGCGACUGCGACUGCGACACCUUCUGUACAACAGACGAAGCCGGAGAAAAAGAGCCGGUGGUCGUUGAGUCUGGGGAGGAGUAAAAGUGCUGUUGCUGCUAAUUAA